UUUUUUACAGAAGACUUCUUUCUCAAGUCUUCUCUCUCUCUCUCUCUCUCUCUCCCUCUCCAAUUUUUCAUCUAAUGAUGAUUCUUUCUUUCUUCUCUGUAUAUGCUUCUUUACCAUCUUCAAGAUCAUCAACUUCUGCUGCAACAAACCCCACUGUAGCUACAAGAUUUUAGGUCACACACACACACACACCAAUUGGGAAAACAUGGAAACAGAGACUAUGCAGAGCCGUGCAAGGAAAAUACUUGAAAGGGAGCUCAGAGACAUCAAUGAAAACCCCUCAACACACAUCAGUUUUGGCCCUCUAAGUGAUGACAACAUGUUUCAGUGGCAAGGAAUCAUCAUUGGCCCUGUGGAUACCCCUUUGGAAGGUGUUCUCUUUCACCUUUCCAUCUAUUUUCCCAUCGAUUACCCUUUCAAGCCUCCGACAGUAAAAUUCCUAACCAAGGUUUAUCAUCCAAAUGUAGAUGAAGAUGGCACAAUUGACAUCAACAUACUAGGAGAGGAAUGGAGCCCAGCCCUGACCACAGAAAAAUUGUUGCUUUCAAUCAUUUCAAUUCUCAUGAACCCAAUUCUAGAAGAAGGCAAUCAAAAUCAAGUCUCCAAUCUCUAAUUUACUUUUUUUUUUUUUUUUAAUCUCCCCUUGCUUGGACAAUCAUACCAUGUGAUAGUUGCUAAGCACUGAGUGCAGAGAAAUGUAUAGAGGAAAGCUGAUAUUAGUUGAUUUAAAGUUUUGAUGCAAAUCAAGAUUGAGUUAACUGCUUCAAAGUUUCAUGGGUAAUUCUGUCUUUUUUUAGUUGGAACUAGUUUUUUUAUCCCUCUGUUUCCGGAUGUAAUAAGAUGCAUUUUGAACUAUUUGAGUAAAAUUGAGAAGAUAUAAGUGAUA